AUGUGCAGAAACAGCCUGAACAGCGUGCUCUAUGAACUAUGGACCGUAGACCCGGUACUUUGUGAUUGUAUUGUCGACAUUCGAGGGGGUUCAAGCAGUGCAUAUACCUUGCUUUCUGACAACGCGCUUGCCAGCCGGAGACGAGCAGACAACAUGUCAGAAAUCGAGAAAAGAGAUCAAGAGCCUUCAUCCCCGUUCGCCGACUUGCACGAUGUCGAUUCAGCCAACGGCUCCACCACUCAGGGUUCUCCGGCAGAGUCUAUCGCCUCUGUCUACACCGCAAGAGAAGAUUUCUUCCGGCUAGAAGACCUCACCCUUGAAAAAGCCACCAACUUAGGGUACCCAACCGAGCAAACUUUUGAACAACCGUUUGAUUCGAGCAGUUCGUCUGAAGACUUGGAAAGAGGCGCCGUUGCCCCGAUCCUGGUCCAGCAACAACUUGGAGCACACGACUAUGAGAAGCCAGGUGCAUUGGCUGUGAUGAGGAAGGGUUCAGACCCAGCAGCAUCAUACAAGAUUUCUCAUCCUCCGGAUGAAUUACCAAACUUGCCACAUAAGCGUGAUCGCAAGAUACUGAGAGGCUUGCGCUAUAACCUUCUGGCAGUGUAUCAGCGACUCUUCUCCGUUGUCUUCAUAGGCAACAUGAUCGCCUUCAUUGUCGAAGUAGUGCUACACAGGCACUCACACCCGUUCGGCCCACCUCUGAGUAACCUAGCAACCGCUGUUGCAGCCAACGUCAUGGGCGCGAUCUUGAUCAGGCAGGAGUACGUCAUCAACUCUCUGUACAACAUCUUCUGUUGGACCCCUCUCUGGAUGCCAUUAUGGUUUCGCCGCGUGGUUUCAAAGCUGUACCACUUUGGGGGCGUGCAUAGUGGUUGCGCCGUCUCUGCAACCGCAUGGUUCAUCUUAUAUUCGGCACUAGUCACCAAAAGGUAUGUCGACGGAGACUUCAACGAGCCCGCGGUCAUCGCCAUCACCUACAUCUUACUGGCGCUGUUCCUUGCACUUUGCGUCUUUGCAAUACCGAAGCUCCGAAUAUUUUCGCACAAUACGUUCGAAGCCGUGCACCGUUUCGGGGGCUGGACUGCUGUUGCAUUAUUUUGGGUCGAGAUCCUUCUUGUAUUGCACGCGGAGUCAAACAUUCCUGGAACAGAUUCUUUCGGAUCAUUGGUGGUCCAAGCUCCAGCAUUCUGGUUCCUGCUCGUCGUGACCUUUUUCAUCAUACUGCCGUGGAUACGGCUUCGAAAAGUCGAAGCCUUUCCAGAGGUCCUGUCUAAACAUGCGGUCCGCAUUCACUUCAAAUACUCCUACGAGAACAUUGGCAAUGUUAUUGGGUUACGGAUCACUCACAAUCCGAUGAAAGAAUGGCAUGCCUUUGCAACAAUUCCGGAUGCUGAUGGCUCAUCGUUUUCCCUCAUCGUAUCUGAUAAUGGGGAUUGGACGAAGAAGCAGAUCAUGGAGCCGGCACAUUCUUACUGGAUUCGUGGUAUUCCAGUUACCGGGGUCCUCCGCAUGGCUACCGUGUUCAGGCGGAUCGUGCUCGUGGCAACGGGCUCAGGCAUCGGCCCAUGCCUGUCUUUUCUAACCUCCCACCCGAUACCCUGCCGCUUGUUGUGGUCUACCCCUAACCCGGUUCAGACAUACGGGGAGAAUGUCAUGCGUGCAGUCGCAAAAGCGGAUCCUGAGGCCAUGAUCAUUGAUACACGGGCUACCGGACGCCCAGAUGUGGUAGCAUUGACUUAUCAUCUCUACCUGGAGACAAAGGCUGAAAGUGUUUUUGUUAUCUCGAAUCCUUAUCUGACGUCAAAGCUCGUCUAUGGCUUGGAAAGCAGAGGUAUACCUGCUUACGGACCAAUCUGGGAUUCGUAA